GAUGCCGUGCGUUUGAUUGACUGGUCUGGGUGGGUUCGUGUCUGUGGUUGGUCGGCUGGUCCGACACUGGGUGUUAGUCUCCAGUUUUUGUGUCCAGUUCCUCAAUUUGAAUCCAAGUGCCGACAGCACCAGAGACAGACAUGCCCGUGACCAGCCGGUGUCCACAGGUCACCAGCGGACUCGCUCACUGAUCGCACCGACCGCACAGAGGGAACCCGACACAGGGGCACCAACUCGGCAAUGGCAUCCACGGGGCUGGAGAUCCUGGGCUUGGCGCUGUGUGUUGUCGGGUGGCUCGGGGUCAUGCUCGCCUGCGGACUGCCCAUGUGGAAAGUGACGGCUUUCAUCGAAAAUAACAUCAUCCUGGCACAGACGGUCUGGGAAGGGCUGUGGAUGAACUGCGUGGUACUCAGCACCGGACAGAUGCAGUGCAAGGUCUACAGUUCGCUCCUGGCCCUGGGGCCGGAUCAGCAGACCGCCCGGGCUCUGACUGUCAUCGCCUCCAUCAUGGGGCUCUUCGGGAUCCUCAUCACCAUCUUCGGCGCGCAGUGCACCAACUGCAUCGAGGGGGAGACGGUGAAAGCCCGGAUCGUCAUCAGCGGCGGGGCGGUGUUCAUCCUGGCCGGUUUCCUCCUGAUGAUCCCGGUCUCCUGGAUGGCGCACACCAUCGUCCGCGAUUUCCACGACCCAAACGUCCCGAGCUCCAAGAAGAGGGAGAUGGGCGCAGCGCUGUACGUGGGAUGGGCGGCCUCCGCGCUCCUGUUCAUCGGAGGUUCCCUCCUGUGCUGUUCUUGUCCCCCGAAACAGGAGCAGUCGGCGUUUGCCGUCAAAUACACAGCCCCGAGGAGAGCAGCGGCUAACGGGGACUACGACAAGAGGAAUUAUGUCUGAAUGGUGGGACACCGCUGUUUGGAAAGGUCAGACUUGUACUACAAAGAACACAGAAGAGUACAACCUGAAGCCCAUCUGACUUUCCACCCAACUUCUUUUACCGCUGAUUGUCAAAGGCAGUCUUGUUAUUUAAUCAAAUUGGAUCUGUAUUAUUCUUUUGUUUUGUGAGGACAAACGAACUCAGAAUAGCGCAUCGUGGGCAGCUUUGCAGGUGGACUUUUUUUC